AUGCCGCUUCGUAAUUACGGUGUCUGGAAAGCAAACCCUGUAUCCUACGUUGUUGAACAUGAAGCGGAUGACGACAAAAGCCCGCAUUUAUCACUAUACUUCAGUGAUAAAGGAGGAUUGAGUCACCAUUCUGGCCACAAGUUUCGUCGGGCCGGCCGAGGUAACAAAGAAAUUGCUGGGCUCUUCAGAGCAGCAAUCAACAUCAAGUCUGGUGACAAGGAUGAAUCGCGACUUACCUACUGGGUGGAUCACGACUUCAAUAAUCACCCUAUCGUCAACAGUCUCACCGACCUAUCCUCGGGGUUUUAUCCCCUCGAAGAAACGGAGUCAACCCCUGCUGGUGUGAGACUAGACUACAUCCGGAGCAACUUAUUCAAUGUCAACACCGGUCGAAUCCUACCCCAUGACGAACCAGGUUCGAACAAUGAUAUGAUUGAUGUUCUAGAACCUGAAGUCAAACAGGCCAUUGACCAUAAGGCCGAUAUUUACCUAUUUGGAGAACCGUUCAGCGAUCGAAAAGGUAUUCACAAUGUGCAUAUGAAUCAAGGCAAUGUUAAGCGAUUCGCACAUGACGACGGUGUGUUCCAAGAUGGUGGCCUUUUGAUCAACUACCCACGCUCUGGUCGAUGGGUUGGAGUCUUUCUCGGAUUCGCAUCACAAGCUGUGCACACCGAUGAUAAGACAGGGCAUGCCAUAUCAUCAGAGACCUGGGGUGACUAUAUGGGGACAAAGGAGAGAGACGCCGAGAUGACAGAGGAUUCUGUGACAAUUGACGAGGCGUUGAUCAAUCCUGAGUUAGAUGGUCCCCGAGCCAGACGCAGGUCGGUUACUCUCACAAAUCCAAAAGACCACACAAUGCCCCUGUCUUCCUGGAAAAUUAAAAAUUCAGCUGGUGAAUUCCAAGCACUGCCGCGUGAUGCAGCUUUGGGUGCUAAGUCAACGCAAGCGUUCGACAUUCCGGAUGUUCAUCUCUCGAACCUUGGUGAUACCAUCACACUGUUGAAUGAACAAGGACUGAAAGUUGACGGGCUUGUUAGAGACAUUGAGGUCCUGUCGAAGCUACUUCAUGUCUUUUGGCCACGACUGCUGCCGCCAUGGCGAGCCGAGUCCUUCGCGAACAUUGAGAUCGGGUCAGACCGAGAAACGACAAGAGAACGGGCCGAGGCCGUACGGUCCACGUCCGACAUUGUCGGCUACUCAGACGCCUCUGGACGCGAGGGCCACUUGGGUGCCGCCGUUAUCGCGCUUGACAACAACCUAGAGGUCAUAGAGUCGCAACAGGUGCAGGCGGCCAUAGAGGUUCAAGCGGCGGGAACCGCGCUUCGCCUUCAGUGGGUGCCAGGGCAUUGCGACAACUUAGGAAACGACGCAGCGGAUCGACUGGCCAAGGACGCCGCAGGCCGGGGCAAAACACACCCCUUCCGCUCCCUUUUCACGAGGGAGACGGCGUUUAUUCGCGGCAAAACCCUCCGUCAGUGGGAGCAAGAAUGGAAGUCAUAUUUAUAA